CAUGUGAACACAGUCCCCGUUCUCUGACUAGAAUUCCUGGGAAGACAAGAACUGAGUCCUGCACCUCCAGCUCAGGGCCUACAGAACGGACCCUUAAUAUGUCUGUUGAGUCAAAGGGGGAAACCGAGACCCUCUUCUGGAUUCUCCUAGGAACCGGACAGGAUCGUUCCCCCUUAGGUGACUGACUUCCCAACAACAGGGCCAAGGCGGUGGGCAAGGGAGCUGCCCUCUCCCCACAACUGCCUCUUGGUUCUAGAGCCCUCCGGCCAUUCUGGUGCCCACUGUGCCUCCUCCUCCCGCGUUCUAGAACUGCCUGCCCCCAGUGAGGUGUGCGGUCCGGUUCUGCUGCCAUGCGCUGGCGUGACAGGAUCUCGGUGCUCUUCUUCCCCCCGGGGGUGGUCCUGACGCUGGCGGCGUUGCUGCUCUUGAUCCUGCACGUGAGCAUCUUUGCCAAUGACGUGCACCACUUCUGCAUCACCCGCAACUUCAAUUACAUGAGCUUCCGCAGCACCAUCAUCCUCCUGGUGAGCGAGGGGGAUGCAGGGGGCCGGGGCCAGGGCCGGUGGGACCCUUCCUACAGCUUGUGGGGGCGCCAGUUCUCACAGGUGAUGAGCAUCUGGUGGGCCUCCCUGGGGUCACUCUUCGCAGAGCUGAUCAAAGACAGGAUUCUGAAAUGUUUUGCUCUGACCGUGCUGAUGCUCAACACGGCCAUGUUCAUCAACCGCCUGACCUUGGAGUUCCUCACCAUCAACUACCGGGAGGAGAAGCACUGAGAGGCUGGUGAGGGGCCAGCGCCUGCGCCAGGGAAGGAAAGGCCUUGGCUCGAUUUUAAUAAAGUCUGUCAUUUAUUUUCAA